AGCUUGAGUUUGUCUUUUGUGGUUUGUUCUUGCCAGGAAAAAAAAAAUUUCAGAAAAAAUAUUCAUAAUAAUAGAAUGGAUUGUGUAAAAUAUUAAUCACGGAAUCGUGCGGUGUCUAGGGCGUUGAGCAGGUUAAUGGUUGAUACCCGUUUCCGUGCAGUCGCGGUAAUCAGUACCUUCUUCCUGUUCGCUUGAUAACCGCCGUGAGCGGUGUCCCCUCGCCAUUCAUCCACAAUAACCGCUGUGAGCAGAACGUCUCUUCUAGAUCCAGAUUGUAUUCUACUUGUGUUUUCAGUUCAAUUUUGGUAAUGCUAUAUCCUUUCUAUGGGGCAGUGAGGCGAGAAAUUGAUGGAGGAUUCAGUUGAUGCGACUGGGGAUGGUGGGGGUUCAAGAAAUGGUGCAGCUUUCCAGUCUUCAACGACUGGUUGUUGCAGUGGUUCUGGGUAUCGGUUGUUUGGUAGGCAAGUUACAGUUCACCAAUUCAUGGGUGGAGGCAAAGCUGCUGAUGUUGUUUUGUGGAAAAGGCGUCGUGUCUCUUUCGGUGUCAUAGUUGUCGCUACAAUUUUGUGGCUUCUGUUUGAGCAGUCAGGAUUACCAUUCUUAACAAUUUGCUCAGAUGUCUUGCUGAUUCUGAUUGUUUUGUUAUUUAUACAUGCCAAGUAUGCUGCUUAUAGAGAUAACAGGCACUUAGAAACAUUGCCAGAGCUAGUCUUGUCAGAAGAAAUGGUUAAUAACGCAGCAGCAUCAUUUCGUGUUAAAAUCAAUAAUGUGCUUCUUAUGGCUCAUGACAUCACUCUUGGGAAAGAUUUCAGGCUCUUCUUCCAGGUGGUGGUUUGUUUGUGGCUCGUGUCUGCAAUUGGUAGCUACUUCUCCUUCUUCACACUUGCCUAUAUAGGAACCAUCUUUUCCAUCACAAUACCUGCUUUAUACAGCAAGUAUGAGGAGCACGUGGAUAAAUAUUGCGGUAUGAUUCAUAGGAAAUUUUCUCAGCACUAUAAAAUUGUAGAUGACAAUGUUAUUAGCAAGAUUCCUCGGAGUUUAUCCAAGGACAAAGAUACCUAAGCAUGGUAUGUAUUUCAUCAUGAGAAUGUAAUAGUUUGAUUCAAUAUGUGCCUGUUCCAAUGAUAUAUUAAAGCAUUUUUCUAUCUCGUUUGCAUGCAAUGGCAGAUUUAGCUCAUCACAA